AUGGACAAGAACACAGUUACGCUCAAAGUCGGCCUUGUGGGCGACGCACAGGUAGGAAAGACCUCGCUGAUGGUCAAGUACGUGGAAAACUGUUUUGACGAGGUGUAUACACAAACUCUAGGCGUCAAUUAUAUGGAACGUUCCAUCAAUAUCAAGACGACAGAGAUCACAUUUUCCAUUUGGGAUCUGGGCGGAGAGGCAGAGUUCACAAACAUGCUGCCCCUGGUGGCCAGUGACGCUGUGGCGGUGCUGUUCAUGUUCGACCUAACCCGCAAGUCUACCCUGAGCUCCGUCAAGGACUGGUACCGGCAAACAAGAGGAUUCAACAGAACGGCCAUACCGUUCUUGGUGGGCACGAAAUACGAUCUGUUUGUGGACCUGAGCGACGCGGACCAGGAGGAGAUCACGAGACAUGCACAGAAGUUUGCGCGGGCUAUGAACGCUCCUCUAAUUUUUUGCUCUACUAGUGCCUCGAUCAAUAUUCAGAAGAUAUUCAAGAUUGUGAUUAGUAAAGCAUUCGAUCUGAAACUGAAAAUCCCCGAGAUUCAAAACGUGGGCGAGCCGAUUCUGAUCUACAACGAGCGUAGCGACAGAGCCGACCGCAGAGUGUCAUCGAGAGAGGAGGUGAGGGGACACUAG